AUGGAACAAUCAGGACAGGUUAGCCAGCUGGCAUGGCUAGACGGUGUUCGGGAUUGGCAAAUAUUACUAACUCGACUGAGUAAACUAUCCGAGGUUUAUGCUUAUUGUGGGGCAUUUGGUAUCUUCAAUGAGACUUCCUCAACCCAUUGCACGUGUUUGCAGGGUUUUAAACCACUUUCAACUGAAGCAACGCUACUAGAUGACUGGUCAGGUGGUUGCGUGAGGAAAAUCCCUUUGCAGUUGGAAAGCAAUGUUACUAGGAAAAAUGAUGUGUUUUUAAAAAUUUCAGAUGUGAAAUUUCCAGCAAGCUCAAAAGAAUAUAUUGGUCCGUGCUCUCAAUGGUGUGAAUCAGGUUGCCAGCAGAAUUGUUCCUGCACAGCCUACGCGUAUAAUGCCGGUACGUGUUCUAUAUUGGAAGGAGCUUUGUUGAACUUACAAAUCUCAGAUGGGAACACUGCUAAUCAAGAUUUCUAUCUGAAGCUUGCUGCUUCUGAGCUUUCAUCUGCUGGAGGGAACAGAAGAAAAUUAUGGGUGAUCAUAGCAGCUAUCAUUUCCCCGACUCUGCUUAUUUCAAUAUUCCUUCUUUGCUAUCUGUUGAAGAGGAAGCUCAAACAAAAUGGGGCAAAACAUUUAAGUGAGGAUUUGGUAUUAUAUGAUUUUGAUGGUAGUUCCAAUGCAACUGAUAAUGAAUCAAAUACUGGAUAUAAUUUGACAAGGGGGAAGAAAGAUGCUGAGUUACCAUUCUUUAGUUUCACUAGUGUCUCUGCUGCAACAGCUAGUUUCUCACCAGAAAAUAAGCUUGGAGAGGGGGGCUUUGGUCCUGUCUACAAGGGUAAAUUACACAAGGGACAAGAAAUAGCACUGAAAAGGCUUUCAAAAAGAUCAGGACAAGGGCAUGAGGAGUUUAGAAAUGAGAUUGAAUUGAUUGCCAAACUCCAGCAUCGUAAUCUUGUUAGACUAUUGGGUUGUUGUAUUGAGCACGAUGAAAAUAUAUUAAUCUACGAGUACAUGCCCAAUAAAAGCCUAGAUUUCUUCAUAUUUGAUCCAAACAAGCGAGAAAUGUUGGAUUGGGGGACACGCAUUCAUAUAAUUGAAGGGAUUGCUCAAGGGCUUCUUUAUUUGCAUCAAUUUUCAAGGUUGCGCAUUAUUCAUAGAGAUUUAAAGGCCAGUAACAUUUUACUAGACAGUGAAAUGAACCCCAAAAUAUCAGAUUUUGGCAUAGCACGUAUAUUUGGUGGCAAUGAAUCACAAGCAAACACCAAACGUAUUGUUGGAACUUAUGGAUACAUGUCUCCUGAGUAUGCAAUGGAAGGCCUUUUCUCAAUAAAAUCUGAUGUGUUUAGCUUCGGAGUAUUGAUGCUUGAGAUUUUGUUUGGCAAGAGGAAUUCUGGUUUUUAUCAGUGUGACUCUCUCAAUCUCCUUGGACAUGCAUGGCAUCUCUGGAAUGACGGUCAAGUAUCAGAAUUGCUGGAUGUGGUUCUGGAUUAUGCUUGUAAUUCAACAGUGCUAAGAUACAUCAACAUAGGACUUCUCUGCGUCCAAGAAAAGCCGACUGAUCGACCUACUAUGUCUGGCAUUGUCUCGAUGCUCAGCAAUGAGGUUGCGCCUCUGCCAACGCCUAAGCAACCUGCUUUUUCUACCAGCCGAGCUGCGAAGGACACAGAUUCAUCGCCGAGAAUGACUGGAACUUGUUCUGUCAAUAGUGUAACAAUUACAGUGAUUGAAGCUAGAUAGUGGUUUCAUGCUUUCUGAAAAUUUGUUUUAAGUAAAAAUUAUUAUUAAAUUUGAUUUUUUUUAAUCUUAGAAUCACUGUCUUGAAUUGCUUUGUGAAAUACUUUUUCUCGUUCUUGUUUUGACGAGAGGAAACCAGCUAUAUGAGGCCACAAUAUA